CUCAGAAGCGCAAGUUCCGAGAUCUGAGCAGCUCUCAAAUAAUCUGAGAGCUGGGAAUGGUUGCCAUGGCGGUUGUCUGUCUCAGUCAGCAGGCAAACCUGCUCCACUCGGGGCCCGCACGUGGGGGCAGGGCCAUUACCUCUGCGCACUCCAGGCUCCACCUGCUCUCCUACCCUAUAUACAAAAAUGAAAUUUCACUAAUGGGGCUCCAAAAAUCUUCUGUACGGAACGGUAUGGAUGCACUUAAAGCUCUCUGGAAUGAAUCCAACCCUUACAUUGUCAGAUUAUUUGUCUCUGUUCUUUAUUUUAUAGUCCUUCGGGAUUCGAACGCGCGAUCGGACGGAGCUAAGAAAACCCCUGUUGCGACACGGCGAUGGUCAUAUGGGAGGGACCUCCGGCCGAAGAGUAGGCGUGAGGGACACAAAUCUUGGCAUUCGACAAAUACAGGCUGUGUCCAGCACACAUCUCACUCCUAACCUCUCCCUUAAUAUGCCCUGUCUGCUUGACAGCCAUUAUUCUUCAGAACUCAGAGACCUCCACAAUGGCGCUUAACGCCCUUUCUUCUCUUCCCCUCCUGACGGCCCUGAUACUCCUUGCAACUCGAUCUAAGGCUUCCUUGCCUCUCAAUUGCUCCGACGUUAACCGCGUCUGCGAGUCCUUUAUUUCUUACAAUCUCGCCGCGCAGCAAACCCUAGCCGAAGUGCAGAGCCUCUUCGAUGCUCUGCCCAAGGACAUUACAGCAGAAGAAGGCCGGGGCUCGGAUACGGGUUCGAAUCGCCUUCUGUUCGUUAAUAAAAAGUGUUCUUGCCUUUCGACCAAGCAAUAUUUGAUCAAUACCACAUUUACAGUGAGGCGGAAAAGGGGGUCGCUGGGCCGAAUGCUGGAGAGGGCGUACGAGGGGCUGGCAUGGAUGCCAAAUAAUGCUUCCAGGAAUGUGCAUUUGGGGGCUGUGGUGUCGCUGCAGCUGUUCUGCGGAUGUUCCAGCAGCCUCUGGAAUUACUUGCUCACCUAUGUUGCGCAGCCGUCAGAUUCUCUUGCUUAUCUCGCCAGCAGGUUUGGAGUCAGCAUGCAGGAUAUCGAGACUGUAAACAAUAUUGCUGAUCCCAAUUUCCUCUCCGCUGGAACCGUUUACUACAUACCUUUGAAUUCGGUUCCCGGAGUUCCAUAUCGCAUCCAAGAACAUAUUGCUCCAACACCUUCCCCAUCUGCAACUUUUCAAUCUGUGGCUUCAGAUCAAGGAAUUCCAAAGGAUAUAUCAAGCGGAUUCUCUCUGGGAUGGAUACUGGGCAUAGUUGGAAUUGCUUUGCUUUUGAUUCUUGCUGUUGUGCUAAUGUGGAUUUUGAGGCAUAAGUUGCUAUGUUGUCAACAAACCAAAGAUGGGGAAGCCAAAAAUCACAAUGUAAAAGACAUAGAAAAACAUCCUAUUCUCUGUAGGUCAGGCUCUUGUUUUCCAUCAAGGGGUUCUUUUUGUUGGAAGGGAGAUGACAUCAGUGUUAAUGCGUCCAGCAAUCGCCAGAUAAGCCUUUCAACAGAUAUGGUUACUGGAGUGUUUGAUGUGGAAAAGCCAGUUGUAUUUACUUAUGAGGAAAUCCUUGCUUCAACCGAAGAUUUUAAAGAUACAAAUUUACUUGGACAGGGAGCAUUUGGUACUGUUUAUUUUGGAAUAUUGCGAGAUCAGGAAGUUGCCAUCAAGAAGAUGACAGCUACUAAAACUAAAGAAUUUCUGGUAGAAAUGAAAGUUCUCUGCAGAGUGCACCAUACAAAUUUGGUAGAGCUCAUUGGGUAUGCGGCAAGUGAGGAUGAACUCUUCCUUGUGUACGAAUUUGCACAUAAAAGCUCAGUUAGUAGUCGCCUGCAUGAUCCUUUGAGCAAGGGUUAUGCACCACUGUCAUGGAAUACUCGAGUACAAAUUGCUUUAGAUGCUGCCAGGGGUCUUGAGUACAUUCACGAACACACAAAGGCUCACUAUGUCCACCGAGACAUUAAAACAAGCAAUAUUCUACUUGACAACUGUUUCAGGGCUAAGAUCUCAGAUUUUGGGUUGGCAAAACUUGUUGGUAAAGCUGGAGAAGGAGAAGCAUCAGUUACGCGAGUUGUUGGAACAUUUGGAUAUUUGGCUCCAGAAUACUUGCAUGAUGGUCAGGCAACAACCAAAAGUGACGUGUAUGCCUUUGGUGUUGUACUGUUUGAGCUUAUAUCAGGAAAGGAAGCUGUAGCCAAAAACAAAGGUGUGGCACCCAAUACACCAGAAAGACGAACAUUGGUUUCUAUUAUGUUAUCUGCACUUCGAGAUUCUCCGAGUUCAAUUAGUAUGAACAGCUUAAUGCAGCGUAUAGAUCUGAAUAUGAUGGAUCUAUAUCCACGUGAUUGUGUAUAUAAGAUGGCCAUGUUAGCAAAGCAAUGUGUGGAAGAAGAUCCCAUCUUGCGUCCAGACAUGAAGCAAGUUGUACUCACUCUUUCACAAAUCCUCUUGUCUUCUGUAGAAUGGGAAGCAGCCCUUGCUGGUAAUAGUCAAGUUUUUAGCGGACUUAUACAGGGCAGAUAGUUUUGAACAUCAGAUGCAUAUCCAGGCUACAGUAUCUGAGCUUGUAUAGAUUUGAUUUUACAAGCAAGGGUUGCAAUCUGGACAUGUUUUAUCUAUAUGUCAUUUCUGUGUGCUUUACAAUGUAUUUAUAUUUAUUAUUUAUCAAUAAUUCAAUUAAAGCCCCGCAAAUCCUUUAAGCGGAUUGCAACCUAUAAAUUUCUGUGCAACCCCAUGAAAUAUGUUGUAAAGCAGCACAGUCCAUUUGUUGCUAAAAAUGCAGGUUCUGACCAAGUUUAUACUAGUAUACAAUUUUUUUCCUUUGUAAUGAUUCCUAGAAUUUAGAAAUGAGCAAAGCCAUGGGAUAAAGGUA